CCCAUCGCGGUACCCAGUCGGGUGUGAGGUGCGAGCGCGAGGAGAGCGGUCGGCCGGCGCUUGACAAAUGGCGGCAGUGGCGGCGACUGCAGCGACCAAAGGGAAUGGGGGCGGCAGCGGCCGAGCCGGGGCUGCGGGCGAAGGCAGCGGCACGCGGAAGAAGAAGGGCCCCGGACCUGUGGCCACGGCGUACCUGGUCAUCUACAAUGUGGUGAUGACGGCGGGGUGGCUGGUGAUAGCAGUUGGGCUGGUGAGAGCAUACCUGGCUAAGGGGAGCUACCAUAGUCUUUAUUAUUCAAUAGAAAAGCCUUUGAAGUUCUUCCAAACGGGAGCCUUACUGGAGAUUUUACAUUGUGCUAUAGGAAUUGUGCCAUCUUCUGUUGUCCUGACUUCUUUCCAGGUGAUGUCAAGAGUUUUUCUAAUAUGGGCAGUAACACACAGUGUCAAAGAGAGAGGACCCUUUCAAGUCUGCGUAAACCCUGGAGCACUUCCGGACUUUGUGCAGAGUGAAGACAGUGUCCUUCUGUUUGUUAUUGCCUGGACAAUUACAGAAAUUAUCCGUUACUCCUUUUACACGUUCAGUCUAUUAAACCAUUUGCCUUACAUCAUCAAAUGGGCCAGGUACACACUUUUCAUCGUGCUGUACCCAAUGGGAGUGACAGGAGAACUGCUCACAAUAUACGCAGCUCUGCCCUCUGUCCGACAGGCUGGCCUGUACUCCAUCAGCUUACCUAACAAAUACAACUUCUCCUUUGACUACUAUGCAUUCCUGAUUCUGGUAAUGAUCUCCUACAUUCCACUCUUCCCCCAGUUGUACUUCCACAUGAUACACCAGAGAAGAAAGAUCCUUUCUCGCACUGAAGAACACAAGAAGUUUGACUAGCUUCCACACCACCACCCCAAACCAAACUUUUCAAUGAUCAAAAAAUGCUGCAGACUUUUUGAGUUCCCAAUAAGAACUAUUUUUAAAACAUGAAAAACAAAACAAAAUAAAUACCAAAAUCCAGUGUCACAUGGGCCUGGGAUUUUAUAAAAAAUAAAAAUAAAGAUAAAAAUGCAAAAGGCUGUUACAUAAA